GAUACUAUCACGUUCGCUCUGACAAGUUGGCAGAGAACAUUUUUGCUGUGAAUUGUUACGAAAAGUAGCUCACCUUGACGUUGUUGUCCCUUUUUAACACAAGUUUAGUCCGACCUUUACGUACGUGGACAGACGUUUUGUUUUGUUUAAAAAAACGGAGGCGACGUAAAUAAACAAGCCAGGGUGCUGGCCCUUUUCCGUCCCCUGAUUGGUUGGUCGGAGCAAAACCUGUUACAGCUAACUUCCACUAGCAAAACAGGGGUAUUGUCCACUGGGCCUGAAGAAGGUUUCAUAAUCCAGCCGAAUGAGCAGAUCAGCAGCAAAGAAUCUCAUCGAGCGCUACUUUCGGCAGUUAACCGACGGAUGUGGUAAUGACGACUGUGACAAUGAGUUCUGCGCCUCGUGUCGCCACUUCCGACCGCUGGAUAAAAACGCGGCGGCGGUCCGAGCGCUGGAGCUGUAUAAGGUCAAUGCCAAACUCUGCGAUCUCAAGACGUCACGGACAGAAUCUGACCUUCAGCUUCUGGAUCUCAAGGAGGACUUCGGAGACAUCCAUUACCUCACAGAUAACACAGUUUGUAUGAUUCUGAGUGUUUGCGAAGAGGAAAGGGACUACUCCUCCCUCAUCCGCGUCAUCGGCCGGGUGUUCUCCAAUGCCAACGCCCUGAUCAAAAGUUUCCGUAAAGACGUCCCUGAAUCUUCCGAGCCGAAAGACGGGGCCUCGCAUCAGCCGGGCACCUCCCUUGAGGUCACCGUCGACAUUGACUCGGUGCGCCGUUUCUACAAGCGACUCCAGACCAUCGAGCAGGCCGAGUCGGCUCUGGUCAACGCUCUCGUCUACCUCACUCCCAACGUGGAGCUGGACCUGGAGUACCUGGAAGCGUACGAGACCAUCCCGGACUACCUAAACAUCUUUGUCAUCCUGAUGGAGAACGGCAACCUCCACAGCCCCGAGUACUUGGAUCUGGCGCUGCCGCAGUUGUGCAAGGCCAUGAGCAAGCUUCCGGUGGCCGCCCUCAGCCGGCUGUGCGAGCUGUGGUCUAAGUACGAGCUCCCGCACAUCCGCCGCAUUAUGGAGACCUUCCAGCAACUCAUCACCUACACCGUGGUCACCCGGGAAUAUGACGGCGAGCACCUGGUCAACGACGACGACACGGUGGUGGCCGCCUGCAAGUGUCUGAAGGUGGUCUUCUACGCCAGUCUGGUGGGAGGCGACGUGGACACGGAGCACGACGGCGACGACGACGGUGAGGCGGCCGACUCGGACGAGCUCAGCCUACAUGAGCUUCUGGGCGAGGAGCGUCUCUACAAGAAGGGUCCUGAGGUGGACCUACUGGAGAAAGAAAUAGGGGUCCGGCCAAUCGACAGCAGGAAGCCCCUCAUCCCGUUUGAGGACUUCGUCAAUGAGUCCCUGAGCGACGUUGUAGAGAUGGACAAGGACUUCACCUUCUUCAAGGUGGAUGCGGAAACCAAGUUUUCGUUCCAGACCUGCCCCUUUGUCCUCAAUGUGUUCACCAAGAACCAGGGGCUGUACUACGACAACCGGAUUAGGAUGUACAGUGAGCGGCGCCUCACCGCCCUCUACGGCAUGGUGCAGGGACAGCAGUCCAGCCCCUACCUCAAGCUCAAAGUGAGGCGGGAUCACAUCAUCGAUGACGCCCUCGUCAGGCUGGAGAUGAUCUCUAUGGAGAAUCCGUCCGACCUGAAGAAGCAACUCUUUGUUGAGUUCGAGGGUGAGCAAGGCGUGGACGAGGGCGGCGUUUCUAAGGAGUUCUUCCAGUUGGUCCUGGAAGAAAUUUUCAAUCCCGACAUCGGAAUGUUCACCUACGACGAUGACACCAAGCUCUUUUGGUUCAACUCAUCCUCCCUGGAGAACGAAGCCCAGUACACGUUGGUGGGCAUCGUGCUUGGCCUCGCCAUCUACAACAACUGCAUCCUGGAUGUGCACUUCCCCAUGGUGGUCUACAGGAAGCUCAUGGGCAAGAAGGGCUCCUUCUUGGAUCUCCCCGACUCACAUCCAGUUCUCUACCAGAGUCUGAAGGAGCUGCUGAACUACAAUGGAGACGUGGAGGCGGACAUGGCGCUCACCUUCCAGAUCUCCCACACUGACCUUUUCGGAAACCCCGUGUUGUACGGCCUGAAGGAGAAGGCAGAAGACAUUCCUGUUUCCAAGGAGAACAGACAGGAGUUUGUGGACCUGUACACUGACUACAUCCUGAACACAAGCGUGGAGAGGCAGUUCUGUGCGUUCAAGAAAGGUUUCCUCAUGGUCACCAGUGAGUCCCCGAUGAAAUACUUGUUCAGGCCCGAGGAAGUAGAGCUGCUUAUCUGUGGAAGCAGGAAACUUGACUUUGAGGCCCUGGAGAAGACGGUAGAAUACGAUGGAGGUUAUAGCAAAGAUACACAAAUUAUCAAGGAUUUUUGGCAAACGCUGCAUUCGUUCGGAGAGGAACAGAAGAGGCUGUUCCUUCAGUUCACCACCGGGACGGACAGGGCGCCGGUGGGCGGGCUCGGCAAGCUCAAAAUGAUCAUCACCAAAAACGGCUCAGACAGCGACAGGCUGCCGACGUCGCACACCUGUUUCAACGUGCUGCUGCUUCCGGAAUAUUCCUCCAAGGAGAAGCUGCGCGAGAGACUCCUCAAGGCCAUCACUUACGCCCAAGGCUUCGGAAUGCUGUGACGCAGCCGCCGACAAGGUUUUAUUUUGGGGCUACCAACCAAGAAUGCCUUUACCCCUACUGCAAAUCUGUGCCUCCAGAAAUAAUUCACCAAGCCUCACAACGGUGGAACUUUUUGUUUUCCAGGUGUGUGUGUUUUUUUGUUUUUGUUUGCAAAAAAACUGUGGAAGUGCACUUUAAGGUGUGACAGGAAAUGACCCUUUGCUAAACCACACCCCCUAAAACACCAGACUGGCCAAUUACAGCACAGCAAAGACACUUUCCCGGCAAAAGCGCCAAUGAAUUCAAUGAUCAUUUUGGCUAGGUUUCGGCCCUCUUAAAAAGCUAAUAAAGCUAUAUGAACUGAUAAUGCUAUGCUACUAGGGACGUGUUAGCCAGAAAGGUUGACGGAAACAUUUGUUGUGUCCCUUGGCCAAAACGCCAAAUUAACCCAGAUAAAUGCACGCUUUGGAUAACGCUACGCAUCUGUUCAAAAUGCUAAUGCUAUACUAGCAAAGUGACAUGUUGUCUUCAAUUUCAUCGUACAAGCGACAAUGAAGACAUUCUUACUCUUGUACAUAGAGAUUGAAAGGGAUUUAUUUUUGUAUUUUUCAAAAAUGGUCCCAAAUGCAGAUUCUGGUUCAAGCUGUCCAAUUAACCCUGCUCCAAGCUAAACCAUGUGCAAAAAUAUUGGUAGGACGUCAUUAGCUCAAAAUUUGAAUGCUUUGCUAUCAUGGAAGCGGAAGGUCAUUUCAGCACGUACAGUAUAUUUGGUGAUUUCCAAUAUUUUGAAGUGAAGUGUAAGUUACUCUUAAGCGAAGUGUGUUUGUGCGCGUGAAAGAGCACACGGUGGACUUUUACACCCUUCUGUUUGUUAGUGAUGAUGUUGAGGGACGCACCUGCACAAAGGAACAAAAAAAAAAAAGCCCAAAUAAGCAAAGCAGAAAAAAGGUUUUCAUUGGUCAAAUUUCUCAGGUAGAUAACAAAUGUGUGACAUAGUGAAACUACAGUGUUACAGGGAAGACUAACUCUGAUGCAAAGACAAUAAAAGAUAACAUCAAAAAUCUGUUUUUUUGGUCCUCAGUGUAUAUCAGGAGCUGGUUGCAGGUAUACACUUCUGCCAGGGUGCUCACUAGGUAAAAAAAACAAAAUGUCAAAAACAACAACAAAAAAUAAAUUUUCUGCCGUAGGUAAAAAACUGUGAUGGAGAUAUUAAAAAACAACAAGGUAGUUUUGUCUCUGCCAUAGGCUUUUGAUGCAUUCAAAUGUCUUAAAACACUUACAUUUCUUAAACACACUUUUCAAAGUAUUCCUUAGUGCCUGAUCUCACUCUUUCACUGUCAAGAAAUGUGAGACCAUCAUAUAACACCACUUUGAGAAAAUGAAAAUCAAAAGACUGUCGCUCUCACAGUUGUUGAAAAAGAGGUCAAGCGGGCUUGCUUCAAGGUGUAUGUCAGUCUCAGUGGGUUGGAGCGCCGCCCCUCCGUAACCGCCCCUGCCUUUAAAGUGCCUACGGUUCCUUUGUGUCGGUCUCCUACUAUAGAGUUCCGCCAUUGACCCACGCUGGAAGGAAGUGCUUUGACCUGUUUUGUUACAUACAGAAGUUGGUUGCACAUAUUCCCUAUUGUCAAAACAUGACUGCCUAUAAAAAUGAAAAAAAAAUAUAUAUAUAUAUAUAUAAUAAAUUCCAGGGAUCCUGGUGUG